GUGGAUGCUGCGGAACUGUGCUCUCAGGAGCUAACCGAACAUGGGAAUUGAGGGCAUCGUGAAGUUUGAACACUGAUAUCGACGCAAUAACCCCCAAAUCCGUGAAUGAUUACCAGAAGGAAAACAGAGGAGUAAACAAAUCCAAAACCGUCGAUAUACUAUUCCGCAAGCACCUUUUUGUUUCAGAGUCAAACACUAAAACCUGCAAGAGUAGACGGGCAGUUCGCGCUGCCACCUAAAGCUAGGACUAGAGCAGUCCUUUUCCGAUACAUGAACUGUUAUUUGGCUUUGCAGCAAUGAUGAGGUCGAGGCAAAUCAUGGUGGUGGUUGCUCAGAUAAGCGGAGCAGAGCGGGCGCUGAUUGCGCAUCAUUAGCAGGGAUGAGAGAAUCUUCCAUCAGUUGGAUCGCACUUUGAGAGGGCAGCAUGGUGCUGAGGUUACUUUCUCCCAUGCAAACACAUGUCAAGCCAGUGAAGUGGAAGAAAAAAGUAAUCUGAUGAAGAAAGCAAAGAACUCCAAAAACUAGUGGUGCCGGCCCGUUGUUUUGCUUUGCAUUAGUUUAGUAUCAUCCUAAGAGCAGAGCAUAUAAAACAGAGCUCCGGGGCUUAAACAAAGCCUCGUAUCAAGCCAUUGAUUAGAACAUCAGAGCUAACCCGUUGAACACGCUAACCCGCGACUCGAACACUCGUCCAGCCCGCUAUAUAUUGUCAGUCCCUUUACAAGUCUUUGCACCAGGCUAAGGAGACAGCAGCAGCAGCAGCCUGAGACGAGAGAGACCCACCCACACCCACACGCACACACACACUGGCAAUGGGCGAGCAAGGCAGGGCAAGCAACAAGAUCAGGGACAUCGUCAGGCUGCAGCAGCUCCUCAGGAAGUGGAAGCGGCUCGCGCUCGCGCCCAAGGCCGGCAGCAGGCAUGGUGGUUCCGGUGGUGCUGCCGGUGUCCCGCGGGGCUUCUUCGCGGUGUGCGUUGGGGAGGAGAUGAGGAGGUUCGUCAUCCCCACCGAGUACCUUGGGCACUGGGCAUUCGAGGAGCUGCUCAGGGAGGCCGAGGAGGAGUUCGGGUUCCGGCACGAGGGCGCCCUGCGGAUCCCCUGCGACGUGGAGGUGUUCGAAGGCAUCCUGAGGCUUGUGGGCGGGAAGAAGGAGGCCGUGUCCUACUGCUCUUCUUCCGAGCAUGGGAUCUUGUGCACAUGAUGGUGGUGGCCACUUGUUUUCCGUCGUCCAUUUGUCCCCAUUCUUGGUUCUUGGUUCUUCUGAAGGGGAAUAGGAGGAAGGGUUCAUCGUCUAUGAGCUUUACUUGUUCCAUUCUUGGUUCUCGAUUCUUUGAAGGAGAAGAGGAGGAAGAGUUCGUCGAUGAGCUUCACGGUUUGUACAAGAGGAUGAAACGAAGGAGUCACAUUCUUUUUGAGUAAAAAUUGAAGGAUUUGAAACAAUAAUAAUUCACUUAUUCUUUGUUCAUCAUUGUCAUAUGUAACGAAUAGGUUGACUCCUGUAAUCUGUUCACACUCAGUUUGAUUUCUUGCUCAGCACUUGUAAUAACGAGAUGUCAA